UCCCAGUUCCCAGACCAGGAGGAGGAGCUCAGUGGAGGAAGUAACUCCACAGAUUGGAUGUGUGUGUGUGUGUGUGUGUGUGUAUGUGUGUUUGAAGCAGUUACCUCCAUAGUGAGAGUGUCGCUAACCACUGGAUUGCUAAACGACAAGCAAAAGACGUCCUCGCGAGGAAUCCACACGCGGACUCGCUCUCGAGGAGUUGAAGAUCAUUUUUUUUGUAUUUUCCCCUCGGUACAGGUUGAAGCGGUGCAGCCGGUCCAGAAGCGAGCAGUAUGCAUUCAGACUGCAGGCUGCUAUGGGCAGAGCGGUAAUGGUGGGCAGGGGACCGACAGGGGCCGGGGUUCUCGUCCUGUCGAUUCUCAUCAUUCUCACCACGGAAGUCGGUCGAGCUCAGAAAGGUGAUGGCUGUGGCCCCAGUGUGCUCGGCCCCAGCAGUGGGACUCUGUCCUCUUUGGGCUACCCAGGGACGUACCCGAACAACACGGUAUGUGAGUGGGAGAUCAGCGUGCCCCGCGGCAACAGGAUCCACUUUCGCUUUGCUGAGCUGGACAUAGAAGACAGCGACUGCCAGGUCAACUACCUCCGCCUCUACAACGGCAUUGGACCUGAGAGGAGUGAGAUUGUGAAGUACUGUGGAUUGGACCAGAAGGUCAAUGAGCUGAUCGAGUCCACUGGCAACCAGGUCACUGUGCAGUUCAUGAGUGGGACCCACCACAGUGGACGUGGAUUCUACCUGUCCUACUCCACCACUGAGCACACAGAUCUAAUCACCUGCCUGGACAAAGGAACUGAUUUCCCCGAGGCAGAGUUCAGCAAAUACUGUCCAGCGGGCUGCUUGACAUCCACUGAGGAGAUUUCUGGAACUAUACCCAAUGGAUACAGAGAGUCCUCUCCUCUGUGUGUGGCAGCGGUCCAUGCAGGUGUGGUGUCCAAUGCUGUGGGCGGGACGAUCAGUGUGGUCAGCAGCAAAGGCAUCCCUCACUAUGAAGCCACACUGGCCAAUAAUGUCACUUCCACUGGAGGAACUUUGUCAAACAGCCUCUUCACAUUCAGGACCAAUGGCUGCUAUGGAACACUGGGUUUAGAGUCUGGUGGUGUGGCAGACACUCAGCUGUCUGCUUCCUCUGUGUGGGAGUGGAGCAACAUGGUUGGUCAGCACAGUGUGUGGGCGCCAUCAGGGGCGCGGCUUAAAAAGAUGAGGCUGCCCUGGGCACCUUCUCAAAGUGACCAGCAGCAGUGGUUGCAGAUCGAUCUCAAGAGGGAGAAGAGGAUCACAGGCAUCACCACCACGGGCACUACCCUAAGAGAAUACCAGUACUAUGUUUCAGCAUACCGGGUCCAGCACAGUAACGAUGGCCUGCAGUGGCACAUCUACAGGGAAGCAAAUUCUACACAAGACAAGGUCUUUCAAGGCAACAUCAACUACCUGCAUGAGGUGAGGAAUAACUUCAUUCCUCCAAUUGAGGCCCGUUUUUUGAGGAUAAAUCCAACCCUGUGGCACCAGAGAAUCGCACUCAAGUUGGAGCUGCUUGGAUGUCCAAUUUCUGCAGUGAGCCGGAGGCCAGAGCCGAGGCCGAGGAUGUUACCCCCCUCUCGUUAUACUCCACCACCCGCGGGUACAAAACGACCACCUCACCUUGGCCAAACCACACACACCCCAGACAUCCGAAAUACUACUAUGCCUCCUCAUACUGGCAACGAUGUGGCGCUAGCAGCUGUUCUGGUGCCGGUGUUGGUCAUGGUUUUUACUGCCCUCAUCUUGAUUGCAGUGUGUGCUUGUCACUGGAGGAGCAGGAAAAAAAGCUCUGAAGGAACAUAUGAUCUCCCUCACUGGGAUCGCACAGACUGGUGGAAAAGCAUGAAGCAGCUGUUGCCCUCCAAGAUGGUGGAGACGGAGGAGUCAGUUCGGUACAGCAGUAGCGAGGUGGGCCGGCUAACAGGAAGGAGUGCUGUGCCCAGACUGCACGCUGAACCUGCAGAAUAUGCUCAGCCCCUGGUGAGCGGUGUCACAACAUUGGGCGCCCGGUCAACCUUUAAACCAGACGAGGGGCCUGAUCCAGGAUAUUCGGAUCCUGACCUGUACGACGCUCCCAUCUCACCAGACGUAUACCACGCUUACGCUGAACCCCUGCCAGCUUCGGGAUCUGAGUACGCUACACCCAUUGUGGUUGAUAUGGGUUGCCACCCGUCAGGGGGCACCUCUUUGAGCCAGCCCUCCACAGUGUGCAGUUUCAUGAAUGCCGGGCCGGCCUCCCUGCUCACACGGACAGACAGUGGCCAUUCGGGGAGGUCGGCUUAUGACACGCCCAAGAAUGCCACUGGACAGGUCACACCCACUGAGGAUCUGACCUAUCAGGUGCCUCAGUGUAGCACUCAGAAGCCAAUGGGAAAGAGCUGAAGAGUCUGGAUAAACAUGACCUUAAUGUGCCCCUCUCUGCCAACACAACCCGAUGGACAAAGAUAGAGGGGUUGUCAGUGUGAACCUGUGAGCCCCGUAGCCCGGGCUUCAGUCUUGAAUGAACACUACCUUAGCCUUAGAUUCAUCUGGAGAUGUCUGUAUUGCCUAAAUGUUUCUGCAUGGCCACAGUCUGCUUGUGUAGUGCCAUUACAGUCCUAUCACUGAAACCACAAUGAUGAAUGUGUCCGGUGUGAGAGGCGAAGGAAGAGAGGAAACAAAGAUGGAAAGGAGAAAGCUGACUACUGUUUGAUAACGACUUUGUCCCUGUUCUGUGAUCGUUGGUAGUUCUGUGAAACUGUGAUUUCCAUUAUUUCAUUGUUAUUUUGUUACAUACUGAAUCAGGUCUAACCGAAAUGUACCUGAUGAUUUACAUAAAGAAAAUUUAAGGGUUCUCUUACUGAAUUUACUGCAUGUUGCAUAAAGUACCCUACAUCGGAGGUCAAAGAACUCUUCUUUCUAGAGAAACUGUAGUUUACCACGGUACGUUUUGUCUUACUUCGUUUCAAAGCAUGACUUGAAAUUGUGUAUAGUUCUAGUAAUUCCAUUACUGCUAACCUGUUAAAACUCUCAGAUGAUUUACUGAUAUUUAUUUUUAUUUCACAUCCUGCUGAUGGGGAGAAACUCUUAUUAAAAAUAGCCCAGCAUUAACCCUCACUGACUACAGAUCAAAGAAUCGUGGUUGCACUGUUGUGGACAACUUACUGACAGUAGUUUUUAGAUUAACCUUGUCACACGUUGCAUUUAAACUUAAACAGGCAGAUAGGGACAAUCGAUCUAAUGACCUCCCCUAAAAGAAAAUACUUUCUGUCAAACAAAAUGUUGCCUUUUUCUGUGUUUGUGCAAUGUUAAUUCACAGCAGAACCAACUUUCACAAUUGUGCCAUCAGUCUAGCCAAAUGAUCAUUAAAACAGUCUUAAUGUAGGAAAGAACAGAUUUUAAAGUCCUAGUUAGUUAAUGAUGUCCUAGAAAAGAGGUAGAUAGGCAAAUCUGUUACAGCUGAUAAUUUCAUAAUUUCCUACGUGUUUGUCCUGAAUUUUUAGAUUUUCUUUGUGCAUUGUGGUGAUUGUCUCAUGUCCAAAUGCAUCCAAGUGUGACUUCUUCUUCCCUUGUAUCUAUGUGUGUCAACAUCUGUAUGUGUGGUAUGCUGUUUUUGACAUUUAAGUCCUGUGCGUUUUUUUUCUUUUUUGGACUGUUCUAAUGCGUCUUAUAGAUGUAGUAGGAUGUAUUCAGUCGUCGUCUGUAGCACCAGUAGACUGCAUUCCCCUCCUGUCCACCUGUGGUACUGAUCUGACCAAACACUCUAUGACAGGAGUGCAGAUGGAAAGAAAAUGGAACAAGCUGCUUCAUGAAAUUACAGAGGUGUUUUUCACACAUCUGUGCUACCAGUCAUGCUUUGAUUAUGCUCAGUGACCAAGGCAAUCUACAGAGUUCUGGUGCUCCCUGAUCACAGAGGGAUUAUGUUCAUGUGGCUCUCGCUGAUUGUAUAUAGAGAAAUAAAGAGUUUUAAAAGAAAA